AAAGGAUUUGCAUUCUUGCCUACAAUAUGGCUGACUCAUACUGCUCAAUUGUUUUGUUAUGGAUCAGGUGAUGUGACUUUCCCUCAAUGGGCUUAGUAAAUGACGACAUCGCGACCAUGGCGGCUCAGCCAAUGAUAGGAGAGUGUGGUCCGGGUCUCUUUGCAUCCACCGACUCGGACUCGCGUCCAGCCAGACGGCGGCUAGUGGAUGUGACUCUUCUGGGGAAGACCAUAUUUUGUUCCCUCCGUCUUUCUUCAUCUCCUCGACUCCCAAACAUUCUUUCUUCUGCUAUUUUUGGCCAGCUUUUCUUUUUUCUUUUCUUUGCUUGCCCAUUGCUGCCAAUCCUAAGAUUUUAAAUUGAUUGAUCUUCUUGCGCUGUAUACCACCUGUCUCACAUCUCAAUUCUUCCUCCCUCCUAGUUCUGCUCCCGCCAAUCCUUCCGUCCCCGCAGCGAUGUCGGCCUCAGGAUCCGGUGCUGAUUCCAGCGCUGCUAAGAAGGCGUACCCUAGCGUUGACCUUGAGGGACACAAUCUGCCCCCUUCUCCUGCUCCUUCUAGCCCCCAUGGUGGCAGACGAUACAACAUCGCCACCGAGCUGGUCUAUACGGACAGCAAUGAUCAAUACAACGCCAGCAGUGUUCCAAUUUACCAGAGUGCCACUUUCAAGCAAACCUCCGGCGCAGGAGGCGGCGAAUACGAUUACACUCGCUCCGGAAAUCCCACCCGAACUCACCUGGAGCGGCACCUGGCCAAGAUCAUGUCGGCUCAGCGCGCCUUAGUCGUCUCUUCCGGUAUGGCUGCACUGGAUGUGAUCACCCGCUUGCUUCGUCCUGGCGAUGAGGUUGUUACCGGCGAUGAUCUUUACGGAGGAACCAACCGCCUCCUGAAGUAUCUGUCUACCAACGGCGGAAUUAUCGUGCACCAUGUGGAUACCACCGUCCCGGAGAAAGUGCGCGAGGUCUUGAGCUCGAAGACAGCCAUGGUCUUGCUCGAGACUCCGACCAACCCUCUGAUUAAAAUUGUCGACAUCCCUCAGAUCGCUGCGGCUGCCCAUGAGGCCAACCCCAAUUGCCUUGUCUCCGUCGACAACACCAUGAUGUCGCCUCUUCUCCUCAACCCACUUGACCUGGGGGCUGAUAUUGUUUACGAGAGUGGUACAAAGUAUCUAUCGGGUCACCACGAUCUCAUGGCUGGUGUGAUCGCCGUGAACGACUUGGCUCUUGGCGAGCGUCUCUAUUUUCCCAUCAAUGCAUCCGGCUGCGGUUUGUCGCCGUUCGACUCGUGGUUGCUGCUGCGCGGAGUCAAGACUCUGAAGGUGCGCAUGGACCAGCAGCAGGCGAAUGCACAGCGCAUUGCCGAAUACCUCGAGACCCAUGGCUUCAAGGUGCGCUAUCCCGGUUUACGGUCGCAUCCUCAAUACGAGCUUCAUCACUCGAUGGCUCGCGGUUCGGGGGCGGUUCUCUCAUUCGAGACGGGCGAUGUGGGUAUUAGCGAACGGAUUGUCGAAAGCGCCAAGCUGUGGGCGAUCAGCGUGAGUUUCGGCUGCGUGAAUAGCCUGAUCAGUAUGCCCUGCCGCAUGAGCCAUGCCAGCAUCGACGCCAAGACGCGGAAGGAGCGAGCGAUGCCGGAGGAUCUCAUUCGAUUGUGUGUGGGUAUCGAGGAUGUGGAUGAUCUCAUUGAUGACCUGCAGCGCGCGCUGGUGCAAGCUGGCGCCGUCAACGUCAGCUUGGAUGGGAUCCAGGCGAACACGUCCAACUGAGCUACAAAUGCAUAAUGAUACUGGGAAAUGGUGCGUUGGGCCUUGACGGACGCAAAACGCUGCAAGAGAGGGGUUUAUUAAUGAAUUGGGAGACAAUCGAUCAUUUUAUCUUAUUUGUGUCGGGCGUUUGGAGCAUAUUAUCUGAUUUGUAUGUUGACAAGACCAAACCUGGAAGAAAAGACAUGAUAUAUCCAGCAACAAUUUUUUUUUUUUUGUUUUUUUAUCGGGGGUGGACCACAAGGGAUAAGUCGCUAGAAUUGUCGGCAUUUCAAAUAGCCAUCCAUUGAUUAAUACUAUCGCGUCGGCCGGCAUCGGAGGACAUUUCCCGAGGUGUAUCCAAUUUAUGCCGAUCG